UAAUUUGGUACGUAACCAAAUAAAUAAUUAAGAACCAAAGCAGUCACAUGACCAUCAUUGACAUCACACUAGCGUAUAAAUAUAGGGCGUAAACGUAUUACAUUCGUAAGUUAAUUCUCUAUUUCAAGCUAUCUGUGUAUCUCUGUGCAAAGCGCUUCUUAGGGACUGUUCAAUUCACCAUGAAAACUUGGAUCACUUUAGGAUUAAUAAAAAAGAGAGUGAACAAAAAAUGUAAAUAUGUUUAUGUUCUCAAGAGAGGAAAACCAAUUAAAAAGGGCCUUGUGGUUGUGAGAUGGAAAUUUAAUAUACACUACGGUUUUCGCCAUGAUAGAUCGAUUUUCAGGAACUCAAAACCAAUAUUUGUCAAAGAUUUUUUGGAUCAAAAACUAAAAAAUCCUUUGACUCAGAGAAUCAAUUUUCUUCAUGGAAUAUGUCUGGUUUUAUUAAACAGUUUUGGUUACUGCACAAAGUUUAUAUUAGACGAGUUAAAAGAUUACUGCAGAAACGAUGACAGUCUAGAAAUUAGUAGACUUAAAGAUGCACUUUUGGAACAGUACGAUGAUCUUUACUUUCUGAAUUCUACAGUUCAAGCUUUCCACGACUUAGGCUGUAACAAGGAAGAUAUCGAAAAUGGUGUUUUCGGUUGUUACAAAGCUGCAAAAAAUUUGAAUGACCUUGACAGUGUAUCACGUUGUCCAUGUUCAAAUCCCAUUUACUUUCAUUACAACAGAAAGAUGGAAAAUUGCCUCACCAAACACAAUGCUGCCUUCCGUUCCAAAUAUUUAUCAAGUCGUCAAAUUCUUCGGAACCAAAGAACUUUUUUUCUUACCUUACAGAAGUGUUCUUAUUCCCUUUCUGAUAUCAAUACGAAGCAAUAUGAUGAUUGAAAAUGGAAGGCAAAAGAUUAAAAUAAAAG